AUGGCGAUUGGAAGUAAAGAAAAAAAAUCACAAAAGAGCAAAGAAGUGAUUGUGGAUGAGAAAUCCCCAUUGUUGCCUACAAAGCAUGAGGGAGACGGUGGGGUUGAUGAAUUUAAUGGAGCUUCCUUUAGUGGGGCAGUUUUUAAUCUAUCAACAACAAUUGUCGGUGCUGGAAUCAUGGCAUUGCCUGCAACUAUGAAGGUAUUAGGACUUAUCCUUGGGAUUGCCGUGAUCAUCUUUAUGGCAUUCUUGACAGAGGCUUCAAUUGAGUUUUUGCUAAGGUUUAGUAGGACAUCAAAGUCAGUUUCCUAUGGAGGUCUUAUGGGGGAUACAUUUGGAAAGUAUGGCCGGAUGAUAUUGCAAAUAUGUGUAUUAAUCAACAACAUUGGUGUGCUUGUUGUAUACAUGAUCAUAAUAGGUGAUGUGCUUUCUGGAACAACAUCAAGUGGAAUUCACCAUCCUGGUGUCUUGGAAGGUUGGUUUGGAGAGCACUGGUGGAAUGGAAGAUUUUUUGUUCUUCUUGUGACCACCGUUGCCAUAUUUGCACCGUUGGCCAGCUUGAAGCGAAUUGAUUCAUUGAGUUAUACAUCUGCAUUAUCAGUUGCACUAGCUGUCGUAUUCCUUGUUAUCACUGUGGGCAUUACAGUCUUCAAGUUGAUAAAUGGGACUAUUUUGAUGCCUAGAUUGCUACCUGAUGUUACCAGUGUGACGUCAUUCUUCAACCUCUUCACUGUAGUUCCUGUUCUUGUCACUGCUUACAUUUGCCACUACAACGUGCACACAAUUGACAAUGAACUUGAGGACAACACACAGAUCAAAGCAGUUGUGAGAACCUCCCUUGCUCUCUGCUCAAGUGUAUAUGUAUUGACUAGCCUCUUCGGAUUCCUCUUAUUUGGUGAUGCAACACUUGAUGAUGUACUUGCCAACUUCGACACGGACCUAGGAAUUCCAUAUGGCUCCCUGCUUAAUGAUGCUGUUCGUGUUAGCUAUGCUGCCCACUUGAUGCUUGUCUUUCCCAUUGUUUUAUAUCCACUGCGGUUAAACUUAGAUGGCCUCCUCUUUCCAUCUGCAAGGCCUUUGGCUUCAGAUAACUUGAGAUUUGCAUUGCUCAGCACUGGGCUCGUCAUUAUCAUCUUUUUGGGUGCAAAUUUUAUACCCAGCAUAUGGGAUGCUUUCCAGUUCACUGGAGCAACGGCUGCUGUUUGCAUUGGUUUCAUCUUUCCUGCUGCAGUUACUCUGAGGGAUCGAUAUGGCAUAGCUACAAAGAGGGACAAGAUCUUAAGUAUUUUCAUGAUUGUCCUUGCUGUCUUUUCAAAUCUGGUGGCAAUAUAUAGCGACGCCUAUGCCUUGUUGAAGAAGAAUCCAUCUCAUAACGAAUGA